AUGGCCUCUGAGGAGGCCGUACUAGCUGGUAACUGUAGCAGCGAGCAGGAUGCGUCGGGCACUGCAGUCGUUGCGUGCGCAGAGUCGGCGGCAUCAUUCGACGAGCAGGCUGCAGCAGCGCAACAGAAUCAACUGCUCACUGCCGCUGCAGCAACAGACGGCAGCAGUGCGCGCGAUGAAAAACACAGCACGGAAACAGAGGAGGCUUUGAGGGCAAGCGUAGCGUCCGCGCCGUUCCAGCAGUGCUCCUCUGCUGGGGCGAUGUUUCCCAGCGCCGCGGACGAGCUCGUGGAGCGAGCGCUGCACGAUGAUCGGUCGCUGGCAGCCUUGCUGAACGCGGACGGUCCGGUACGAUGGCCGUCCUCCGAAGUGGUGCUCCAUCAGGUAGCAUGCUCUCUCGAGCGGCGUUACCUGCUGCACCCCGGAACCAUGUACAUCUCAAAAAGGUACUUGUGCUUCCAGCUCACGUCAAGCGGCAGCUCAUCGUUUCUGGAGGCUGCAGGAGCCUCCGCUAGUAGCUUUCUCAGCUUUGGAUAUAGGUCCAGCCCAGCGGCAAACAGCGGUUCUGCUGCACUGGCCCAAGCGGAACGGCGCAGUGUCCCUGAAGCAGACGGAGACGCCGUCUGCUCCGCCAGGGACUGUGCCUCGAGCGUUGCUUCCCCGCGUUCUGCGAGCGGCAACGGUACCACGGUCUCGCCAGGAAGUUUGGCGCAGCAGAGGGCUAGCGAUUCCGGGUCUACGACGCUCUGGCUGAUUCCCUUCGAGGCAGUGACUUCCGUUCGCAAAUCAUCAUACCUGUAUCUGGAGAGCGCGUUGGAGGUUUCGACGACCUUUGGUCUCUGCAAUCAUACUCGACAUGGCGGCGUGUUCUGGACGAAACCGCAAGAGGCUGUCUCAGGGAUCAAACUACUCCGGUUUGCUGCCUUUUCUGAGCCGAACCGGGAUGUCGUGUACCAGUACGUCAUGAAGGCUUGGAUGGCUCGACUGAGUCUGCUCGCGCUGGAGGGUCGACUCCCGCUCACGAUGCAGACACCCAGCACACAGCACGCUCUGGACAACGCAGGGAAGCCCGCGACGCAACCGGGCUCUGAAAACAAUAUGUUUAUCGCGGGCGUUUCGGAGGUGAAAAACGAACCUCGCACCACCAAGACGAAUACAGCGGUUACCGGUGGCCUCGCGCUGUCAAAUGCUGUGGCUUCUCAGGAGACGCUGAAAACGCCAGACACCAGCGCCAACGGGUCUGUUGUGGAGUCACUAUCACGGGAGGACGGUGCUGCGGUUGCAGUUGAAACGCCCUACGACAUCGACGCGGGACAAGUUGUGCUCGAGAUACCAGCACACAUCACCUCUGCCCAGACAGCUGACAAGGUCCCCGAGGCUUUGCUCUUUGAACUCUUUUUCGCCGAUACCGCAACGCUGCCCAAGCAGUUGAAUGAGGCCCUCGGACACACGGAGCUGCAGAUGAGCACCUGGCAACUCAUUGAGCCAGCCUCGGACGCAGCUGUGCAUGCUGCGAGCGCUUUCCCAUCACGCCAUCGGACGAUAUCAUAUCAGGUGACGGUGCGGCGGGGUAUCCUGAGCUUCACCGGUCACUGCACGGAGUCGCAAUCGUUCCGCUUAACGCCCCCGGCAUUGCGGGAUGCCGGAUACCCGUACGGAGCGCUCUACGAAAUGUCCGUCAUCACUCGAGACAUGCCCUCAUCGGACACGUUUCUUGUCCGCCAGCGAAUUUUUUUCGAUAUGCAGCAGAUAGACAAGGUGUGGCGAGUACGCGUUCGCGCGGUUCUCGGUAUCCAGUGGCUUGGACGCACCGUCUGGCGGCCUUUCAUCGAGCGCAGUGUGGCGGCUCAGAGCCGCCACGCCUUUGAGCAGUACAGCAAGCUGAUGGACGCAGAAAUAUCCAAGUUUCGGGCACGAGAAGGUGCAGCUCAAAUUCAGCAUCAUCCGCAUGCCUCCAAACCAGAACCAAUCAUCGCUGUGAUGUGGGUUGUGCUCGCGAGCAGGGUGCGAUCGCUGGUGCAGCGCACUGCUCGGGCCGUGGAACAGGCCCUGGUACGACUACCACCACCGCUGCUCGCUCGUCUGUUUCUUACGCAAACGGUUCUCUUAAUGCUUUGCUCAGGUUUAUGCGGGUAUCUGUUGGGGCAGCUGAGUUCGCGCAGCUUGCCAUAG